AUGCCCCACCGUCUUUCCAGACAGUCCCGGCACACCGGACAUGCGCACAAAACCUGGCCCACUUCAUCCGCACAUAUAAGUUGCACUCAACCUCCCAAUUCCACACCUGCCUCCCCUCCCGUCCUUCCCAGUUCCCGUCUCCCAACCGCCCCGUCUUACUUGCUUCGCGCCAUGUCCGCCGUCACUGCCGCCCCGCUUGCCUUCUUUCUCUCGAAGACCCCUCUGGACGUCUCCGUCCAGAAGCACCUGCGCAAUGUCUACUCCACGCUCUUCCUCGGCGUGCUCCUGGCCACGGCCGGCGCCGUCCUCGACCUGUACCUCACCCUCCCCCUAGGCCGUAUCGCCUCCUUCCUCGUCUUCCCCACCUUCAUCUAUUUCACUUCCUUCUCCACCCGCUACUCCAAAUCCCGCGCGCUCGCCUUCUACCUCUUCGCCUUUCUGGACGGGCUCGCCGCGGGGCCGCUGCUCAACUACGCUGUCAACGUUGACCCCGCCAUCUCCGUCCUCGCCUUCGUCGCCGCCGUCGUCGUCUUUGCAGGCUUUUCUAUCUCCGCCCUCUUUGCUCGCCGCGGAUACUACCUCGCGCUCGGCGCGUUUUUGUGGGCGGGCGUCUGGGGUCUGCUUCUGCUGCACUUUGUCAACAUGUUCACCGCCAAGUACGUCGGGUUCGGACCCAUGAUUUAUGGCGGCCUCAUACUCUUGUGCGCUUUCGUCCUGUACGAUACGCAGGUCAUCGUGGAGAAGGCCAACAGAGGGGAUAGGGAUUGCCAUGGACAUGCCAUGGACUUGCUCAUUGACUUUGUCGGAAUCGUCAAGAGGUUGAUUGUCAUCUUUGUCAGGAAUCAGGAGAGGAAGAACGAGAAGAAGCGCCGAAGGAAUUGAGGCCGUUUCGCAUUUGUCGUAUCGGUCAUGUCCCCUGUCUUCACGCUUGCCCUAUACCCUCGCUUCAUGUAAAGUACUUUGCAGAUUUGACUAGUACAGUUAUCGGGUUUUCGCGCGUCUCACUCAUGCCUCUUGUUUUGUGUAGCGUCUGUCAACCGCCUCAAUAAGGGAGUAAUUUUUUUAUAGUGCUCUUGUCAUGUCGUCAAGCCCGGUACAAUUGCGGGCAUUAUGAAAGGUGCGUACGUAACUAACAGAAUCUGCUAUUCGGUGUGGAACGUUAGCAUUUACUGUUUUGAUGCACAGUUUGUAUUCGGAGUGUCGUACAUCUCAUAAUAGCUCCGGUGCUGCAUAAAUCAUCAACUUCGCCAA